UCUUGGUGAGUUCAAAAAAAAAAAAGUCAGAGAGAAGCAAGGAAAUGGAUAACGUAGGAUUUUCUAAACACUUGAUAUUGCAUCUCUGGAUUUGGAUUUUCCUUGCUAUGACAGAUAUUUCAGAGUCCAGCCCUGCAGGUAGGCCACGUAUCAUCAAUUUUGGUGAUUCCAAUUCUGAUACUGGAGGAGUACUUGCCGGAACUGGACUUCCGAUUGGUCUUCCUCACGGCAUCACAUUUUUCCAUAGAGGCACUGGACGGCUAGGGGAUGGACGUCUUAUUAUUGACUUCUUCUGUGAACGUUUGAACUUGAGUUAUCUAAGCCCAUAUUUAGACUCAUUGGCACCAAACUUCACAAGUGGAGUGAACUUUGCUGUAAGUGGGGCAAUGACUCUGCCACAGUUUGUCCCUUUUGCUCUGGAUGUUCAAGUUCGCCAAUUCAUUCGCUUCAAAAAUAGAUCAAUUGAACUCCAAACAAAAGGUUUAGGAGAUUUCAUAGAUGAAAAGGGGUUUCGCGAUGCAUUAUACAUGAUUGACAUUGGACAGAAUGAUCUGUUAAUGGCAUUGUAUGCAUCAAACUUGACAUACGAACCAGUCGCAGAACAAAUCCCUUCUUUUCUUGCAGAAAUCAAAUUAGCCAUUCAAAACAUAUAUUCAUAUGGUGGCAGAAAAUUUUGGAUACACAACACCGGUCCAUUGGGAUGUGCUCCAAAAGAACUUGCACUACAUUCUCAUACUAACAAGGAUCUCGAUCGAAUUGGAUGCUUCCGCGUCCAUAAUGAUCUCGCAAAAGCCUUCAAUAAAGGCCUGCGCAAUAUCUGUAAAGAAAUGAGAACUGUUUUAAAGGAUGCAACCAUUGUCUACAUAGAUGUAUACACCAUAAAGUACAAUCUCUUCACGAAGUAUAAAAAAUAUGGUUUUGAGUAUCCAUUUAUGGCUUGUUGUGGCUAUGGGGGACCUCCAAAUAAUUACGAUUCAAAAGCAACGUGCGGCCAGCCUGGUUCCAGCAUCUGCAACAAUGUAUCACGAUCUAUAGUCUGGGACGGAGUUCAUUACUCCGAAGCUUCAAAUCGUGUGGUCGCAACGAGUGUUUUAUCAGGCUAUUACUCUACACCACAAAUGAAGCUCGAAAACUUUUGGGAGAGGCUUGAUUAA